CUUAGACAUUACUAGGAUGAUAUUAACAAGUAUAUCAUAUAUCCAAGGUCAGCUUACAACACUUCAUGUACUAGUUGACAUAGACACUGCACCCAUUAUUUACAACUCCAUCAAACUCUAGCCAGUCAGUGAUAAUUUUUGCCUCUUGUUCAUAAGGUAAUGUCAAAUGUAUGCUCGAUUAAUUUAGAGAAGGCAUUGUUAUCAAUCUCGUUGUGUUGGAUUUAUCAUUUCUUUCGAUAAACCUGAUUACCUGUUAUCAAAAAUAUGUGAUGGAAAGACAAUCAAACCGCUAUAACCAUACCGGUCGGACGUUUACUCAUAGUUUAUUUUCACCACUAUUCAGCUGGCAAACUCACAUUUUUCUCUUCUCUGUGAUAAGGAACUUUAGUCAGUCACUUAUUUAAAAGACAAAACGAAUUCAUUAUGGAUCAGUUCCACAAAAAUAAAUGGCAAUACAUCAAAAUCAAACCAGUUUCAUAGUCCAUUCUUGAACCAUAGGUCUACUUAUAAAUUCGGCAUAAUAAUCCGGAACAUUUUCAUUUUUCAUCAGGUCAGCUGACAUGUGUAAACGUGUGGGUCAUUUGUUGUAGUUCUUGUGAUUUUUUCACAUGAAUUCCGCCUAUUCUCAUGUUUUUCAAUUUUUCAUGCCACUCAUUUGUAGCACGUGCGAUAUACUUUAAUAAUUAAUGAGAAUUUCAACCAAACCAUUUGAGAAGCACCUAGUUAUCCACCCCUCUUCCUAAUUUGUAUUGGUAAUUGUGAUUAUCUUAUUGGAUUACCAUACCAUACAGACAAGAAGAUUAUUGGCAAUUGGUACUCUUGAUGACGACAGGUGUUGGAACAUAUGACAGAAUGCUCAAAUCAAUUCCCUAGACAAGUAAUAAAACCGUCAAACAGUAGUAACGUGCAAGCUGUAAAUUAUCAUAAAUAGGAAUCAGUUUAAUAGCUGUCUUGAUUAAUUUUAGAAGCAUCUGCCAUCUGAUACUAUGAGGUGUCCUGGAUGUGAUAGAGAAGUUUACUUUGCUGAGCGGGUCAGCUCAUUUGGUUGUGACUGGCAUCGCCAAUGCCUAAAGUGCAGCAGAUGUAAUAAAACGAUGCUUCCUGGUUGUGGCUUAGAACGUGAUGGAAGACUAUAUUGCACUGAACCUUGUUAUAAUACGCUAUUUGGACCGAGAGGUGAGUUGUUGGUAGUUUGAUGACCUUUCUUUUAUCAAAACAAUCUGUGUAAGAAUCUGGAUUUUUCGAAAGAUAAACCAGUAGAAAAUGAAUUUCGAAAAACUAAUACCACAGUAGCUUUAAAUUUGACUUUAAUUACUGGUGUAUCAGAAUAAUGAUAUAUUUCAGAGCGCGCCAAAAAUAUUCUGAUGAAUUAAUACCAAUAACUAUGAUUGUAAG